AUGGCAUUUGCGACAAAAAGUAUACAACAUUUAUACAAAAUAUACAAUGCAAAUACAACAACGAUAUACUCAGCACUUCGUCUACCAAUCGCUCGGAUAUCAGUUGUUCAAAUGGCGCAAAGACAUUAUUAUAACACUGAAGCACAUAGACCAAAAAUAACAGGUAGUCUGACAAAUAUUCAAUCGUCUGGAGGAACUGUGCAAUCUUUAACGCAAGAUGGAUUAGAUAAUAAAAAGUUAGAAGAAGAAGCAAAAGAAGAAGCAGAAGAAAAAGAAAAACGAGAGCAAUCACAAAGAGUGCUUAAAUAUAGUUUUGCAUUCUUGGGAGUAUUUACCACUGUUGGACUGUCUUAUGUAAUAUAUAAUUUAACAAAAGCUAAAUAUGAUGAACAUGGAAAUAUUAUUGAAGAUGAAUUUUCAAAUUUACCAUUUUAUGAAAGAAUAUAUAAAAUGCUUAAAAGGGAAUUUAAUUAUUAUACUAAGAUGGUUCAAGAACCUAGUAGAAAUAAAUUACUUCCAGAUCCACUCAAAUAUCCUUAUAUUCAACCCCCUUAUACUUUGGUGCUAGAAUUGACAGAUGUAUUAGUACAUCCUGAUUGGACAUAUGAAACUGGUUGGAGAUUUAAAAAGAGGCCUGGUGUGGAUCAAUUUCUAGAAGCUAUAGCUCCACCACAAUUUGAAAUUGUAGUUUAUACAGCAGAACAAGGAAUGACUGUUUUUCCUAUUUUGGAUAUUUUGGAUCCUAAUGGAUAUAUCAUGUAUAGAUUAGUAAGAGAUACAACACGUUUUGUAGAUGGUCACCAUGUUAAGGAUUUAAAUGCUCUUAAUCGUGAUCUUAGUAAAGUUAUAGUAGUUGAUUGGAAUCCAAAAAGUACAAAAUUUCAUCCUGAGAAUACUUUGCAAUUACCACAAUGGAUUGGAAAUGAUGAUGAUACAACGCUAUACGAUUUAGCUGCAUUCCUUAAAACUAUAUUAGCGACAAAUGUGGAAGAUGUACGAGAAGUCCUUAAUUAUUAUAGACAAUUUGAUAAUCCAUUACAAGUUUUUAGAGAAAACCAACGAAAAUUUUUGAUGCAAAUAGAAGAAGAGGAAAAUAAAGCACAGCAAGAAAGUAGUAAGGUACUUACAUCAAAAUGGAAACCAACAUUUCAUUGGAAUCGCUAAAUCACUAAAAAAAUGCAAUGUUGUAAAAUACAAAAAUUUGUAAAUUAUCAUUAACAUAUUCGUUCAUUUUGUCGAUACAUAUUGUGUAAUUAUUGUAUAAUUUUUGCUAUAAAUAAAUAAACAAGUAAUUCAUAUGUCGAAA